AAAUCAGACAUGUUCCAAGUCUUUUCUGCUCCGCUGCAACACGAAUAGGAGGAGUGCGGAACAGGACCCUGCGUGAAAAAACGAAACUUGCAGAAGGCAGAAGCUCCUUCUUCUUGGAACCGACAGGAGUGUCUCCUCCCAGAUCCGAUCCAAAAUGAAUAUAUUCAGGUUAGCUGGCGACAUGACCCAUUUGGCCAGCGUCCUCGUCCUGCUCCUCAAGAUCCACACCAUCAAAUCUUGUGCUGGUAUUUCUUUGAAGACUCAAGAGCUUUAUGCUAUUGUUUUUGCCACUCGCUACUUGGAUAUCUUUACUGAUUUCAUAUCUUUAUAUAACCUAAUGAAGUUGAUAUUCUUGGGAAGCUCAUUUUCUAUUGUAUGGUACAUAAGGCACCACAAGGUUGUCCGCAGGUCAUAUGACAGAGAUCAUGACACUUUUCGUCAUAUUUUCCUUAUAUUGCCCUGCUUGCUGUUAGCCCUACUUAUCAAUGAGAAAUUCACAUUUAAGGAGGUAAUGUGGACAUUCUCCUUGUAUUUGGAAGCUGUCGCCAUACUUCCUCAGUUAGUACUGUUACAGAGAACUAGGAAUAUUGAUAAUUUAACAGGACAAUACGUAUUUCUUCUUGGGUAA